AUGUCGUCUGAAGACAAGAAGGUCGUUAUUGAAGAACAUCAACUGUCGUCCAUCUCCAUCACAGCUAGAAUUCCGGAAUUUUGGAAGAAGUCGCCUAGAACAUGGUUUAUCCAAGCAGAAGCAGUUCUAAAUCCUCAGAAGAUGUCCGACGAAUCAAAGUACCAGGUCCUUAUUUCAAAAUUACCCCCAGACGCAGUUGAGCAAGUUACACAGAUCCUUGUGGAUCCCCCUGAGAAAAAUAAAUAUGAGACCUUGAAGAAUAAGUUGAUAUUUAUAUAUCAAGAAUCCGAAGAGCGGCAAGUAAAAAAACUCAUUGGCGAAAUGGAAUUAGGCGACCAGAAACCAUCACAAUUACUAAGAAAAAUGCAAGACCUAGCCAGGGGACGAGUAAAUAACGAAACACUCAUAGUUAUGUGGCAAAAUCAUUUACCAAAUUCGGUGCGAGGAGUUUUAGCUGUAACGGAAGAAAAAGAUCUAGAGAAAUUAGCAUCAAUAGCGGAUAAAAUAAUGGAAACGACGACUCCCAUAAAUAGUGUUGCGACUGUCAAACAGGAACCAGGCCCAUCGGGUUCUCAGGACCAAAUUAUUUCGGCAAUAAACAAAUUGAGUGAUAGAUUACAAAAUUUAGAGUCAAGAUCACGAGGCCGUUCAAAUAACUGGCGAAGGAAUAACUUUAGACGCAACAGAUCCAGGUCAGGGUCAAGAAGUCGCACAAGGAAAUUCGAAGAUCCAAAUUGGUUAUGUUUUUACCAUUAUAAGUAUCGCAGCAAGGCAACUAAAUGUGUGGAUCCAUGUAACUGGAAGAAAAAACAGGACAAGGACAAGCCAGCGGAAAACUAG